UGUCCACUUCACUUCACACAAUUGUCAAACUGAUUCAGCAAGAAUCAUUCGGCAGUCUCAUCAAGAUGUUAGCUCGCGGCUCCAACAAACGGCAUGAAUUCAGUGGAUUAACACCAAUAAUCGAUGAAAGAGGUCUAAUUCGAGUUGGAGGGCGAUUGAAAUACUCAUCAAUACCGUACGAAGGAAAACAUCAGUUGUUGUUACCGGGAAAGCAUCACGUCACACAAAUCCUUAUUCGACAGUUGCACGAGGAUAAUCUCCACGUCGGGCAGCGAGGUUUGUUGUCAAUCGUUCGCGAACGUUUUUGGCCUGUACAAGCGAAGCAGCUGAUCAAACGAAUUGUCAAUGGUUGCUAUGUCUGUUACCGACAGAAUCCACGACCAGUUAAUCAAAUAAUGGGGAACUUACCGGAUUACCGUGUCACUCCUUCGCCAGUGUUUUCGAAUACCGGAGUGGAUUAUGCUGGACCUUUUUUACUUAAAAACGAAGGCAGAAAAACUGUUCCAUAUAAAGCCUAUAUAGCAAUAUUUGUGUGCAUGACAACUAAGGCCAUCCAUAUCGAACUUGUGUCAAAUUUAACAACUGCCAAUUUUAUUGCUGCAUUGAAGCGUUUUAUAAGCAGACGUGGCAUGGUAAGUCACAUGUAUUCCGACAAUGGAACAACUUUUGUGGGAGCGAAUCAUGAACUAGCUGCUUUGCGGAAACUGUUUGAAGAACAAACCCACCAAACUGAGUUAAAUGAUUUUUGUAUUGCGAAGGGAAUACAGUGGCAUUUCAUUCCUCCAAGAAGUCCUCACUUCGGAGGUAUAUGGGAGGCAAGUGUAAAAUCGGUAAAACAUCAUAUUAAGCGCGUGAUGACCCUAACGACCUUGAGGCGUUGACUCCGUCGCAUUUUUUGUACGGUAGAUCUGCACUCAGUAUUCCGGAACCGUCAUACUCUCACGAAAAGGUGGGACGAUUGGAUCGUUGGCAGCAUAUCCAGUUAAUGAAUGAACAUUUCUGGAAACGUUGGUCAGCUGAGUAUUUGCAUAGUUUACAAUCUCGUCCUAAAUGGAAUAGGGGAACAACAAAAAUCAAAGUAGGCGCACUCGUAAUUUUGAAGGAAGAUAACGUGCCACCCCAUCGAUGGCAAAUCGGACGAAUUAUUGCCAUUCAUCCAGGAGACAAAGGCAUCGUGCGUGUUGUGACGGUCAAAACAACAUCUGGUGAAUAUCAAAGGGCAACAACGAAGAUUUGUUUAUUUCCUUCAGUUGAUCCAGAGGAAUCAACGGGGGGAGAAUGUUCGUGAGAAUUACUACGCAUCAAAUUACCCCUCGGCAGCGCAGUAGUGUCAGAAGAGAAAGAGAGUUAGUUGAAAUAAAUGCUUUGAACUGAACGCAUGUAUUUUGUGCAAUUUGAUUCGCGGAACCCGUCCCAUUAACCAAUU